UAAGUUCGAAUAAAGAUGGAUAGUGACACCGAAAGGUCUCAAAUGUUUUGCAAGAUUCACGCCUCAGAAGACAUCAAGGCCUUCUGCAUGAACGAUCUUUACUCAGUCUGCUUCAAAUGCCUGCUGGAAGAGCACAGAGACCACGAGGUUGUCUUACUAGAAGACCUGCACAACAGCAUGGGGGACCUGAAGGACAAAGUCCCAAGCUUCCACGACAAGGUUGACGAACAAGUGCACAAACUUUCCCAUAUAAAUGACAGAGUCUCUAGCAUAAAGGAAAAUUACGAUAAGAAGUUCGAAGGGCUUCUUAAUAAGUUCAAAGAUAUUGAGAACAAAUUCCUGAACGGAUAUUUCGAAGACAUGGUACUGGGCGAGCUCAAGAAUUCCAAAGAGAAACAGAAAGAAAUUGUAGAGACUGUACAGGGAGUACUGGAGAAAAUAGAAGGAAUUGGGAAAGAGAUCCAAAAUCUUCGUGAAUGCCCACAAGACUUCUUCCUGUUUGAGAAUAUUAGAAAUCAAAUCGAGCAGGUUUAUAAGGAGCUUAAUAUUGAAGAAAGAGAGCUCAAAAAGUUGUCCUGCACCAUUGCGGAUUAUUCAGAGGUUGAUAUUAAUGAUAAGUUUUCAGAGUUGCUCCAGAACACCUUCAUUUUGAAGAAAUCGUAUACAUCAUCCAAGAACGUGCACUACUUUGAGUGGGGUACCAAACACAUUCAUUUUUAUGAAGUGGAGAAGCAAAACUCAGAGAAGGUCACCCUGAGCAUCGACUUCAACAUCCCUAAGUUCUGCAGGACUGUAGUCACCGAUGAAGGAAGAAUCUUCUGUAUUGGAGGAAGACAUCAAGAUAAUGUCUGCUGUGACUGGAUGCUAGAAUACCUUGAUAAUGAAAAAUCGUUGGUGUACAGAUCACCUUUGCUCUUCAGAAGAUCGGAUUUCACAGCACUUUACUCAGAAAGAGGCCUCAUUUAUGUAAUUGGAGGAAAUGAUGCAAAGAGCUUCUACACUGCAUGUGAGAAAUAUGACAUUCAGAAUGACACUUGGAGUAGAAUUGCUGAUCUAAACGUCGCCAGAGACUCUGCAGCUAGCUGUAUUAUUAAUAACAAAUAUAUCUACGUGUUUAGUGGAAGAACCAAGUUUGAGAAGAAAGAAAUCACCGACACUAUUGAGAUGUAUGACAUUGAUCUAAACCUUUGGAGAAUGGUAAACCUAAACCCAAGCUCAACCUGGAUCGCUUGCGAUUUAGCUAUGUGCAUGCCAAUUGAUACAAAAACAAUUCUACUUUUUGGAGGAUUUGAUAAGACAGCUAGAACUCAGGACUGCUUCUAUUUCCAUAUCGAUUCCAACCUGAUGGAAAAGACUAACUCUCUACCCAAGGUGGGCUCAUUCUCGAACUACGUGUUCAGCUUUGAUGGCUACCUUUAUGUUGUCGGCUGGAAUAACACAACUAAGAACCUAUACUCCUAUAACAUCGCUGAAAGAACAUGGAAAAUCGAAACUAGGUUUGCUAUAUAAGCACAUGAUUCUGAGAGAGUAAUGACCAGGAAUUUUGAGU